CCCUUCUCCAGUUUCCUCGCAUCUUCCCUGCUCAACCAUGGAAAGCGUGCAAGGGCAGUGCGCAUCGUCUCCCGUACCCUGCUUUAUACUCACGCUCUUGCCCGCGUGCCGCCGCUACCUAUCCUCCGCCAUGCUCUCAACACCGCUUCCCCCGCUGUCAAGUGCAUAUCACAGAAGCGCUCGGGAAGGGAUGUUGUGAGGCCCGCUGCAUUUACAGAAAAACAAAACAUGAGGGCAGGUGCUCAUGCAGUAUUAGCUGCCAGUAAAAACAACAGUGGGAAGACAGUGGAGGAGCGUUUAGCACGAGAGAUUAUUGCUAUUGUUAACGGAGACAACAAAGCUAUUGCUGACAAAGAGCUGGCACACAAACAGGCUAUGGUUAAUAGGUAUGUGCAACAUUGA